AUGUUUUGCUCUUUUUCUUGGCAACGUAGUAAAACAAAUGAUAAUGAGAAUGAGAAAAUUGCAGGGAAUGUUGAAGAUAUUGAGCUCAUUAAUAGUAGCACUACUGACGAAAUGUGGCUCAUGGUUUUAAGUAAUUCCGGUCAUCUUUAUGAGCACAAGUUAACUGCAAAAAGUGCGGAGAACACAUCGUUUUUUCUGACCAACACUGUUACACCACCCCGAACGCAGCAAACAUUGGGAGCUGGAGUAUCGGUUCACUACUCAUCGGUCUCUGAAUUGUUAUUUUUAUCAUUGGAGAAGGGAACAUGGUUUGUACCCAUCGAAAAAGGGAACCUCUUUAGAGAAGACCUGUCAUUCAAUUGGACCAAGUUGGAAAUGGCAACCCCUGUUCAUUGUUGGCAAGAAUCUAGUGGAGUCAUGGCUUGCCUUUCAUAUCCGGUCGCUUCAUCGCUUAUAUUUGUGUAUCCAACACUUGAACAGUUACUCGUCCAGAGAGUGCAGCUUAAAAGAUCUGCCUUUACGCAUGCUCUUUUUACUGGAUCCUCCGCAGAUAUGAUCUAUUCGAUACCAUUUUUCUACGAUUCACCAACAAAUUUGGUUUUCUCAGCGUUAGUUGCUACCAUUCACUCAUACUGUCUAAAUUUACACACUUAUAAUCAAAUUUCUUUUAGAAAAUGGUCAACACUGCCAGAUUUAUGGAUAGAGAACACGCCUAGUGAAAUGUGUCCUCAGGCUGAAAAGGAGAAAGAAGAACCAGAUGAUGAGCUGGAAGACAGUGAUCUUGUUACGUUAUUUGAACGCUGCGAGCUUGUUGAAAGAGUUGAGGUGUCAUGUCCAGACUUAGAGAUCUUCUACGAUGUUCACGAUCUCAAUGUGCGAUUGAAUUCCGUUGGAGCGAUGCCUGUCACAGCAAUUCAGGCACGAGUUUCAUAUAAAGAGCAGUUUACUCUUACGGUGAAGAUCGGAGAUCCUAACAUCGUAGUUCGAGGAGUGCGCAUUGAGCUACCCGCUGAGCGAGGUCGUGGACCCUCUGAGGUCUGCAUAAUGUUUGUUACAAGGGAUAUUAACUAA